CGGUGCUAGCUGUAGCCGGCCUGUAGCUGCGCAGGAUGCUGCAGGAGCUGGCGCCGUGCGCGUGCGGACUGCACUACGCCGGCGGCUGCGGCGGCCGGUGCGGGGGCGCCGCCGCGUCGUCGGCCUUCUCGCUGCUGUUCCCCAUGGCGGCGGGACAGUGCUACCACUGGGAGGACGAGGAGGAGAAGGGCCGGUCGCCGUACGGCGGCGGGCCGGUGGACUGCACGUUGUCGCUUGGCACGCCGUCCACACGCCGGGCCGAGGCGACGGUGGGGCUUGCACGGGACGCGGCAUCCACGCGCGCGUACAGCGGCAGGCAGGACGGCGGCGGGGCAUCCUGCAAGGAGCCCGGCCGCGGGUUGCCGGCCCGGCGGUGCGCGAACUGCGACACCACGUCCACGCCUCUCUGGCGGAACGGGCCGCGGGGACCCAAGUCACUGUGCAACGCCUGCGGGAUCCGGUACAAGAAGGAAGAGAGGCGCGCCGCGGCGGCCGUCGCGCCGGCGCCGCAGGACGGCGGGCUGGGGUACGCGUGGGGCGGCUACGCUCGACAGCAGCAGCAGCAGUGGGGAUGCUACGGCCCGGCCGCGGCGAAGUCGGCGUCCUACGCAAUGUACGGCGACGUCGUGGACGCGGCGGCGGACGGGCCCUGCCUGUCGUGGAUGCUCAACGUGAUGCCCCCCUCGCCGGCGUUUGCCGUCCGGGACAGGCCUACCCUGUUCCAGUACUACAAGCAAUAG